UCCUGCCCAAACAGUCCGGUUCAGGAAGAAGAAAUAAUGGCGACGCUUCUAGGGUCUGAGUUCUCUAGUAGUGGAAGAAAAAGAAGAAAUUGUAAUAGCAACAUAGUCACAAAGUUAACGUCCAGUAAAAUAACUGGCAAAGGUUUUAGCCGAGGAACACAGCUCCCAGGAGGCUUGCUUCAGAAGAGAGAUAAACCCGCCAAGUGGCAUGGCAUCCCUGACUUGCUGCAGAAGCUCUAUGAGAGCAGCCACCCCAACAGUGACCUCUCCUAUGCUCACGCCUAUCUCAAGAGCUUAUCAUCACAACUCUCAAUGGAGGCCAUGUCCUUUGUCACAGAAGACAGAAAGACUGCUCAGGAAUCCACCUUUCCCAACACAUACACCUUUGACCUGUUUGGUGGCGUCGAUCUGCUGGUGGAAAUCUUAAUGAGACCCACGCUGACUAUGCAGAAGAAGAAACCUAAAAUGAAUGAUGAGUUGGUCAAAGACUGCCUUAGUAUUCUGUACAACUGUUGUAUUUGUACAGAGGGGGUGACAAAGACCCUGGCAGCAAGGGACGAUUUUGUUUUGUUUCUCUUCACUCUCAUGACGAACAAGAAGACCUUCCUGCAGACAGCGACGCUCAUUGAAGAUAUUCUUGGAGUAAAAAAGGAGAUUAUCCAGUUGGAAGCAAUCCCCAACCUCUCAGGUCUGGUCCAAAGCUUUGACCAGCAGCAGCUGGCCAACUUCUGCCGCAUCCUGUCUGUCACCAUCUCAGAGCCUGAUGUAGGAAAUGAUGACAAGCACACUUUACUGGCCAAAGAUGCCCAACAGAAGCGCAAUGCGGGCCCAUCGCGAGCCGAGCUCAACCAGGUUACUCUUCUAAACAUCCCUGGCUUCAUUGAGCGGUUGUGUAAGUUGGCCACUAGAAAGGUGUCUGAAGCCACAGGAGCAAACUUCCUGCAGGAGCUGGAGGACUGGUACACAUGGCUGGACAAUGCGCUGGUGCUUGAUGCGCUCAUGCAAAUGGCUACUGAGGAGGCUGAGCAAAGUAGCACAGAGUCGUCAGAUGAGAGUUCUCUGGCCACCAGCCCUCUGAGGCACAGGCUGCCGCAGUCCAUGAAGACUGUCCAUGAGAUCAUGUACAAGGUAGAAGUGGUGUAUGUGCUCUGUGUCCUUCUGAUGGGCCGACAGAGGAACCAGGUUCAUAAAAUGCUGGCUGAGUUCCGUCUCAUCCCAGGGCUCAAUAACCUAUUUGACAAGCUCAUCUGGAGAAAAUACACAGCUUCAAACCACGUAGUGCACGGCCAGAAUGAGAACUGCGACUGCAGUCCAGAAAUAUCCUUUAAAAUACAGUUCCUGCGGCUGCUUCAGGGUUUCAGUGAUCACCACGAGAACAAGUACCUCCUCCUCAACAACCAGGAGCUGAAUGAACUUAGUGCCAUAUCCAUGAAGGCCAACAUCCCAGAGGUUGGGGCUCUAGUAAACACAGACAGAAGCUUAGUUUGCGAUGGAAAGAAGGGUCUCCUCACACGUCUGCUCACUGUCAUGAAGAGAGAACCUCCUGACUCAUCAUUUAGGUUCUGGCAGGCUAGGGCAGUGGAAAGUUUUCUCAGAGGAGCAACUUCUUAUGCAGACCAAAUGUUCCUCCUAAAGAGGGGCCUAUUGGAGCAUAUCCUCUUCUGCAUCAUAGACAGUGGUUGUGCAUCUCGAGAUGUCCUUCAGAGCUACUUUGAUCUGCUGGGAGAGCUUAUGAAGUUCAACAUCGAUGCCUUUAAAAGGUUCAACAAAUAUGUCAACACACCAGAGAAGUUUCAGGCCUUCCUGACUCAGAUCAACAGCUCCCUAGUGGACUCUAACAUGCUGGUGCGCUGCAUCGUCCUGUCGCUGGACCGCUUUGAGAGCCAGACUGAGGAUAUCAAAGUAAUGGAGGUACUGUCUGAAUGCUGCCUGUUGUCCUACGUGGCCAGAGUUGAAAACAGGCUGUCCUUCCUCUUCCGACUUAUCAGUAUCAUCAACGUACAAACACUGACACAGGAGAAUGUGAGCUGUUUAAAUACCAGUUUGGUGAUCCUGUUGCUGGCCAGAAGAAAGGCUAAACUGCCCUUCUAUCUCAACGCCCUGCGGGAGAAGGAGUACAAUGAGAAAUACCCCGGCUGCCUGCUGAACAACUUUCACAACCUGCUGCGCUUCUGGCAACUGCACUACCUCAAUAAGGACAAAGACAGCACAUGUCUGGAGAACAGUUCCUGUAUCCCAUUCAGCUACUGGAAGGAGACGGUGUCGGUGCUUCUGGGCUCAGACAGAACUUCUCCCUGUUCCAUAGUGAGUUACAUUGAUGAGCCCUACAUGGAUCUGGACAGGGACUUGCUGGAAGAUUGACCGGCAGCCUGAACUCUUGGAGGAGGAAGGAAGCAUGGGCGUCUGAAGCCGAAGAAAACUCUGGGCUGAUCCUUCUGGGUGUUUCUGUGGCUACGUUCAGGAUUUAAAAACUAGCUGUCUGUACCUUCGCAUGGAGGCUUUCAUCACACUUGUGAGCAGAUAUGGAGUCUGGCUCACUGACAUCUUCUCACAAAGUUUAAAUGCUUUUUAUUUGGUUUUUCUCUUUUUUUUUUCUUUGAAAUGAGAACUAAAACUUGUAGACCCCGUCCAGAUGGUCUAACAGACGAUGAGACAUUGAAAAAAAAAAAGACUCCUGCAUUGGUGGUUUGCUUUAUGUGAAAUUCAGAUAGAGCCUUUUAUAUAGCCUAUACAGAAAUCUAUGGAAAAGUAUCAGAACAAAUUAUAACACAAAGAAGAAACAGUUUCUUUUCACUUGGACCUGAUUUUCGGUUGGCACAGAUUGGCACACAUGUGCAGGAUGGUGCCGUGUCACAGGCUGCCAGCCUCACUCUCGCACUACUUUAUCACUACUGUUGAUUUCUUUGACACCACUGCCUCACCUAAGGGGAAACCGAUGGUAAUGUUGGAGAACUUUCACCUGUUCUGUUUUACCACCUGGCUCUUGUUGGUUGGUGCUUUUUGGUUCCUGCUCUUAUAUCUUAAAGGAUUCCUCUUGCAUUAGGAAACUUAUAUUUGUUUUUCCAGGUUAUUUUUUUAUUCAUUUUCUCAGAUCAAUGGCUUUUAGCUCUGGUUAAACUGUAGAAAUUAAACGUUGCACAGGUUCAUUCUUUUUAUCGUUAAAUAUAUAUAAAAAUAUAAACUCAUUUGUUGAUUAAAAAUGUUUUCAUUCUCUAAAAGAAAUUGUUUCCAUGUUGUGAGAGCUGCUUAAUAAAGAGAAUAAACUAUG